GCAUAUACUCACAGCGGAACGCUCUGUGGAAGAGCAUGUCAAGACGCUCUUCGCCGCUUCAUCGUAUUCAGACGGGAGCUGCCACUUGAGUUCUUCAUCUGCCGUGUUGUUGACAUACAAGCAUUCACCGCGGCUGUUGUUCUGCUCAUGUCAGAAAACAGUUCAACAGAGAGGAGUGCUGCAGAUGGUGGGCAAGACUGUGUACAACUUACGGACAGUGUUCUUGAAACGUUUGAAGAGCAUGGCGGCUCAAGAUUUACACGCGAGGCUGCUGUAGCCCUCGGCUCUUUGAAGCAGUCUAUGCUGGGAGGCUUUAAUAACGGCGAAAACGGUGUCGUGUUGCAGAUACCGCAUCUUGGCAGAAUUCAGCUCAAGCAUCCCUUCUAUCGGUCAAAGACACCGCCGCCAAGAGAAGAAAGCGCUCGGCCCCUUCCUCACGCGUCGCCAGGCCCCUUCCUCACGCGUCGCAACAGCCGCUUGCUGAACAGUUUUUGUACGCAGGAGGUGGAGUUCCAGAAACGCUUGACGCCAAUCUUACCUCUCGUUCCUGGCUACCGAACCUCUUUGCAAGCGAAGAGCUUGCCGACUUAGAGCAACGGAUGAACCUUGACGACUUCACCUAGGGUUUUAGAUUGGGCGCCCUCGGCCUGGCUCAGUGAUACCCACACUAUAGUGUGC